AUAUGUUGUAUAAUACAAUAUUACUUUACGCUUCGUGAAUCUUGUAUCCGAACCUGUCCCUCAAUAAAUAAGAAUUUUAUAUAUCUCUAUAUUUACAUAUUAUAUAAUAUUCGCGCGAUGUGAAUCUAAUCGAUUAGUAGUAGUUUAAGAAAUAUGAUUUAUGUACAGCAAUAUUAGAAUAACAUGCUGUUGCGGAUUUGUUGUUGGUUUACUUGGAUAUAAAAUAUGAUAAAUGUAAGCAAUCAAGACCUCGGAAAGAGUUGAUUAAAUUCAGCAAUUUUAGCUAUCAUUACAGUAAAGAGAUCAUACAGUAAUUAGUCUCUUUUCAGUUUUAUUGAAAAAUAUGGUUCGCUGCAUUAUCUGUAUCAAACGAAUAGCUAAUACCAGCCAGACUCGAAAUCAUUGCUAAUAAAUAGGAUGUUAUCAUUAUGCAACAUAUAUCAUGGAAGUAUAAUCCAGAUGGCGAGACUUGCGCAUGUAAAAUUUCAUUUGUGGAGGCACUGUGCAUGCCGGCAGCCAUAUUUAGAACAUGUAACAAUCAUUCUCUGACACAAUUCUUUGACAUGGAGAUUUGCAUCGAUUCUUUAGAAUCCGCCAGAAAUGCAGUAGAAGGUGGUGCAAGUCGGCUCGAAGUUUGCUCGGCUCUCUCGGAGGGUGGUUUAACGCCUAGCGUGGGUUUAAUUCAGCAAAUAAGAAACUUUACGACAAUUCCGCUUUUUGCCAUGAUCCGAAUUCGUGAUGGCGAUUUUGUCUAUAGUCAAGAAGAGAUCGAUGCUAUGCUGUAUGAUUUGAAAAUCCUUAAGGAUCAUCACGUGAACGGAUUUGUCUUCGGCGCAUUGACUCCCGAUUGCGAAAUCGACACUGUCGCAUGCGAAAAAAUUGUGUUCGCCGCUCAUCCUUUGCCGGUCACAUUUCAUCGCGCUUUCGAUUUAACGACUGAUCCUAUCAAAUCGAUGAAACUUCUUACCGAACUUGGUUUUCAGAGAAUCCUGACAUCUGGACAAAAAAACACUGCUUUAGAAGGGCUAGAACUGAUAAAAACGCUGUUGCAAAAAGAUCUGAAACUGAUAAUUAUGCCUGGAGCUGGUAUCACAAAAGAUAACAUUCGCGAAAUCAUGGCGUCUGGUGCGAAAGAGUUUCAUGCAUCAGCAAAAAGAAAAAUGGUGACUUAUGGUACAAACAAAGUUAAGAUGGGAAUCACUGAUUGUGAUUUUGUUAAUGUGACUAACAAAGAAUUGGUGAAAGAAUUAGUUGAGAUCAUCAAGAAUGAAUGUAUUGCUUUGAACAAAAAUUAAUUCUAUGCGAACAUAUCUAAUUAUAGGAGUGUAACUUAAUAUAAUUAAUAAAUAUAAAUAAUAUGUGUACAACAUAUAUAAGAGCAAUCUGAUUUAAGGGAGUAAAGUCCUUUUAUUAAGAUUUUUUUAAAUCUAAAUUUUAACUCUAAAUUUUAGAAGAAAUAUUAAUUACAGCGAUUAAAUAGACUUUGAAGAUUUAGACUUUUUUUAAGAAAUUCUAUACGCGAAAAUAUAAAUAUAUAGUGAUAUUACAGCAUUUUAAAUCUUUGUGUUCAAAAAACAUGAUCUAUCGAUGGCGUAGAGAACUCAAGUUGUCAUUAUCGAAAAUAAAAAAUUCUUGAAAAUUUC